AAUUGUUCGUUAUGAAAAUUUUGUUAGUGGAUUUAAUAACAAAAUUUGGUUUUCUGUAUAAAGAAGAAUUGUAUUAUUACUACAAACGUCAAGUUUAUUUGUUUCAAAUCUGGAUGAUAAUACAAUGAUCGCGGCUUCGGAACCUUUGGAGUUUGUGCCUCAUGGCAGGACAGUACUUUCAAAGCAUCCUGGUCAGAUCUACGGUAAAGGUCUUAAUAAUUCCUCAUCAGAGAACUCACUGAUGUACAAACUGGCUAAUUUUGCCAUAAAAGAUGAGAGUUUGCUCGAAAGCAAGGAUUCUGGGGAGGAGUGGUGGUGUAUCAGAGAGAUUUACUAUAGAGAAACUGGUGACGUAGAUGAAGAUGAAACUCAGCAAUCAACGAAAGAAAAAUAUGAAGACUCUUUCAGACCUCCAAGUAGAAUUAAACCAGAAUUUAACAUAUCAAUUAAAUCGGAGUUACUCAGCGGUAUGAAGAGAACUGAAGGUGAACCAGGUACUUCACAAGGUGGUAGUGCAAACAGUUCCAGCAAUAUGUCUAAGAAAUUCAAUCUAAAUUCGUCACAGAAUAAACAGCCUAUGACGAAACCGUUAAAUCCAAAGACUGACUGUAGUUAUGAAGAGGAGCUAUAUGUCAAGGGUUGUACUGCUGUUUGGUCUAAAGGCUUAAUAUCAACACCUGGCACCAAGUUAUCAGGACCUGAACAGAGAGAGACAAUAGCUUGUUAUACUAUAGAGAACCCAAUCAAACAUGCCGCCUUCUGCGAUUUUCAUAUCGGAAUAAACAAUACAAUGUUAUUAGAUGCAUUAAAUUCUCAAAUAGGUGAUGUCAAGAAGAACAUAAAAAUCGAAGACACAACAGAACAUAUAGAAACAAAUAUAAUGCCAUCAAUCUUACUAAUGGACAGCAAAUGUAUGAGAGUUUACGCUGUAGAUGGUCGAGAAUACAUAACAAGUAUACCGUUCCAAGUUAAAAAAGUAUGGCCAAUGAAAUACGGAGUUCUAUUAGAAAAGGAACCAUUACCUCAACUACACAAUUCAUUACUACCAACAUCAUUUUUUAAACUUAACGAAUCCUGCAACAGUUCUUUAUACAAAUCUAAGACAAACGCACCUUUCAACAUGAGUGCGAAGUUACGAGCUGAAUCUUUAGUGGGCUAUGAUCAGGAAUAUCCAUUACCCACAUGUUUCUCAUUAUCACACCCAUUGGACGAAGUCAUACCCAUAUUAAUCAAGUCACCAUCCCAAGGGUUACAAUAUUACAGUGAUGGGGAUGUCCAAAUUAUAUUUGUUAGUGUCAACCCUAGUAUAAUUUUACUAUACGAUUGGAAACUGGGAUAUCAUUCGUUAUGGAAGAUUCGAAAAGCGACAAGAGAAGAAUGCUUGAACAUGUGUCCGAAUAUAAACUCAACAACGACAGUAUUCAGUCAGUCUUGUGAUUUUGUUGGCAGCCCUAUGCAAAGUAUGGCGAAGAAUACAACCAGUUGGAAUGCUGGGAGUCCGUUUCAAUCGAAGAAAGGCAUGAAUACACCAAAUAGAUCUCGUCAGAAUAGUCCUAUGGCACAUAUAUUCCAUCAGCAAGGGUUGUCACCUCAUGCAUCUAUUGGACAAGCAUCAUCAACUUCGAUGUUGGCAAACUCAAUAAAUCAGACGCCACCAUCCUUACCUUUGUACCCUGAUAUAUGUUUAGAUCAUAUUUGGACAGACAGUCAAGUUAUACGAAGAGAUCAAGUGGAAAGUCCGACUGAUAUAAAAACUUUCCUACAUACGGACCUUGUAGGACACAAUUACCUGUGUUUCCUUGUAAAAGUUGGAGGUGCAAAUAAACUGCAGAUAUUGAGAUUGCAGAAAUCACAUUCUCAUGGACAGCUUUUGAAGAGUAAUUUAAUUGUGGGUGCCGUCUCCUCGGUGUACGCUAAAGAUGCCGUAGUACUGAAUGACUUGAAGAUGAUUGCGUUGAUUGAUGAAUCUGGUAAUAUUAUAUUGCAGUCAGGGAACAGUGUCGUUGGCAAGGUGCACGUGGGCGGUGUGCUGGCGCGGCUGCUGGACUCUCCGUACACGAAACGCGCGGCGCACCCGCUGGCGCUACCCUCGCUGCACUCACCCUUCCCCCGGCGCAGCAGUCUGCUGCCCAGCCGCACUGACUGCACCUUCGACGACUCCGCCCUCCACCUCCUCUCCCCCGUCCCCCACUCCUCCACCUCCAGGAUCGAACACAAAGAAAGCCUUGGUCUGCGCGGAGUGCGCGACGCGGCGGGGCGGCGCGUCACGCUGUGCCUGGAGAACGGCGUGCUGUACCGCAUCGCCCUCCCGCCCCUCGCCGCCGCCGCCCUCCCGCCCCGCGCCGCCCUCGCCCUGCGCGCCCUCCUGCCCCGCGACAUCGCCAUGCAGGUUUUAAUAAAAUGGUACGGUGUACGUAACGCUCCGGGAACACAGGACUUAACACCUGAACAGGAAUGGUCGAUGUUCUCGAAGCUUCUAUUGACUUUGAUCGGAUACGACGUAGAAAGACUCGGUCAGAUACGUCAGAGCGAUGAGGACGGCACAGAAGUAGCCAGCAAGAAACAGAGAACGUCCAGCGACGGCACACAGGAUGACUGGGAUUAUCUUCUUAAUUCCAGAAUGCACAAAGCCAUCGGCAGCUCGCUUGCCUGCAUGUUAAACCUCAGUCCAACACAACCCGAGUCCAAACAUUGGAAAGGAAAGACGAAGACCUUAGAAAGUGACAAACCGGUGCAGUUCAAUACAAAUUCACUAUUAUUUCCAUACAUGUUACAAGUAUUUUACGCUUUCCAUUUAUUAUAUGAAGAUUUAAAGUUAAAUGUAUUACUGUCGAGUAAUUUGAAACCUUUAUCUUCAUUUUUAUAUCAACUGGCGAAAGAUUUGAGGUUAAAUAAUUAUGUGAAUCAUUACUGGUUGGAUUUCCCUAAUGAUUAUCAUUAUGAAUGUAUGGAAACGGACUCUCAAGUGAGUGAUGUUAUGUUGAAGAAACUCUCUCCACCCAAUUACUUCUCUCCGGAGCCUCCCGGGAUCUUCAGUUAUUUGAACUCAAUGUUGAAGAACUGUGAUGUGGGAUAUUAUCCUUAUUUGCCUGAAGUUAAUGAUACGUGUCGGGAUCUUAUUGAGAUACUGAGCACGGUGGGGUGCGGGAGCGGUGCGGGAGUGCAGCCGCUCAGCCUGCAGGUGCUGGGCAGCAGCACGCCGCGACCCCGUCGUGACUCCGGACCCGCACCAGCUCCGCACGCGCAGGCCGCGCUGCUCGCCGCACAUAGAGGUAUAACAUUGCGAGGCAUAGACAACUUCCCUCCAGCGAUAGGUCUGAUGCUGCUGAGCAUCUUCAACCGGUCUAAGAGCGCGCCGCGGGAGGAGGAGCUCACCGGCAUGGAGCACCUCAACACUAAGCUGCUGACACUACUCUACCCCCGGGACCAUCGUAUGACGGAGGUGUUCCGGCUGCUGCAGUCCUCUAUCCCUGCCACCAUCAACCUGACGCAGCGGCCCGAGGUGUCCGACCACGACUUCAUCGAGGAGCAGGAGAAGUUCCUGUACGCGAUCACCACGAGGACCACAGCCUUGCCUGUCGCCAGAGGUAUGGUGACGCUGCGCACGGUGCCCGCGGGUGCUACAGAGCCGGCACGCCCGGCGCGGCUGUGCGUGACGGGACGCGGUCCGCCGCCGCGCUGUCACGCUGUCACGUUGAGCGACACCGCACCCGCUGCCUUACUGUGGCCCUCCUUCCACAAUGGUGCCGCCGCCGGACUCGCGCUCGUGCCAGUCGCCGGACGCACCAUACAUCACAGCUGGAUUGUCUACAACAAGCCAAGGGGCACUCAGGAUAUGUCGGCGGAGCACGCGGGCUUCCUGCUGGCGCUGGGACUGAAUGGGCAUCUGCGUGAUAUGCCCUACAUGAAUAUGUUCGACUACUUCGUCAAAUGUAACGAGAUGAUCAGCAUCGGCCUGCUGCUCGGCCUCGCAGCCACGUACAGAGGUACUAUGGACGUGCAAGCUACGAAGAUGAUGAGCAUUCAUCUGGAGGCGCUCCUGCCGCCCACUUCAAUCGAGCUAGACAUCCAGCAGAACAUCCUGGUGGCGGCGCUGCUGGGUGUGGGUCUGCUGUACCAGGCCACUGCGCAUGCGCACUACGCACAGGUCCUGCUCAAUGAGAUAGGCAAGCCGCCGGGUCCGGAACUGGAGAACUGCGUGGAGCGUGAGGGGUACGCGUUGGCAGCGGGGCUGGCGCUGGGGCUGGUGUGCGUAGGCGCCGGAGACUCCGCCCCACCUCACCUCGCUCCUCGCCUGCGCGCCUACGUGCUCGGCGGAGAGAGGCACGCAUACGGUCGCGAGGGGUGCGGCGGGGGCGUGUCCUCCGGUGCAGGGGGCGGGGCCAACGUGGACGUGACAUCACCGGGCGCGACGCUGGCGCUGGGGCUGCUGUACCUGCGCGCGGGUCAGUGCGCACCCGCCGCCUGGCUCGCCCCGCCCGCCACGCCCUACCUGCUAGACUUCGUGCGCCCCGACCUGCUCAUGCUGCGCGUCAUCGCUAGAGGUCUGAUCCUGUGGGACAGCAUCGAAGCGUCUGAGGAGUGGGUGGAGGAGCAGGUGCCAGCUACCAUCCGGCCGUAUUGCUUCGUCAAACCAAGCGAUGACAACAUCGAUUACGAGGCCAUGAACCAAGCGUACUGCAACAUAAUAUCUGGUGCGUGCUUCGCGCUGGGGCUGCGGUUCGCGGGGUCGGGUGACGAGGACGCGCUGGAGGCGGUGCUGUCGAGCGCGCGCAGACUGCUGGACAGCGAGGACAACAGGUAUCACCUGCAAGCGUUCCGACAUCUAUACGUGCUGGCCGUGGAGCCGCGCCUGCUGCUGCCGCGGGACCUCGACACCGGCAAGCUGUGCUACGCGCAUGUACAGGUGGUGGACUUGCAGGGCGUGGUGAAGGAGAUGAAGGCGCCCUGCAUCAUUCCCGAGCUGGACGGCCUCAAGGAGGUGAAAAUUAACGACCCGCGCUACUGGCCAAUCGUCUUCCGCAGGGAUCAGAACUGGGACCAACUUAAAAAAUUCCUGAACUUCACGUGGUGCAUAGACAUAAAGCAGCGCGCCGGCUGCCUCUCGUACGUGUCGGACCCGCACGGCUUCCUCACCAUCCUGGCGCACACGCUGACGCUGGACAAGACCAACAUGUGGCUCGCCACACCGGACAACAUCGACCUCUUCACCAACGACGACAAGGUGCGCAGCUUCGUCAAACAUCACCUGCACGGCGAGCACGCGUCCGGCGCGGGAGGCGGGCCGCAGGGCUCGGGAGGCGUGGCCGGCGCGAGCGGGGGCGGAGCCUGCGCCGACUGCCUGGUGGCGCUGCGACGGCGCGCGCGGGGCGAGGGCGUGCCGCGCGUCUGCCGCUGUCGUCGCUACAGCCGCGAGGAGGAGGAGCACGCGCAGGCGCUCAGCAUGCUCACAUACGAGUGCCUCGUCAAGGACUCGCUCUGCGCCCUGCCUCUCUGGGCCACAUUCCUCAAGAUAAUAAAGGCGAUGCGGACGGAGCCGACGUCGUACGACGUGUGGCAGAUGCGGCUGCUGGUGUCGCUGGCGGAGCAGCAGAGCGCGGCGGCGGCGGCCGAGAUGCCAGUUGACGGGGACGAGGCGCCCGCCGAGCCGCUCGUCUCCGCGGAGCUCGCGCUCGCUCUCAAGCAGCGAGUGGCCGCCCUGCUGGACGACUGGCAGCCGCGGCUGGCGCCAGCGCUGCGCCGGUACGCGGGCGCGGGCGGUGCCUCAGCUGCGGGGCGGCGCUCGGGCGAGGAGGCGCGACACGCACUGGCGGCCUACGUGCUGUACCACGGUGUGCGAGCGGGCCAGUGCGGGGCGGGGCGAGCGCGUGCCGCUGCGCUGGCGUGCGCGCCCGCCCCGCCCGCCGCCGCAGUCGCUGCGCUCGCGCCGCUGCUCAGCUGA